GGGCGGGGCCUUGCGCGAGCGGCUGCGGCGGCUUCGGCCCGGCUGGGUCCGAGCAUCCCGCUGCUCCGGACCCACCCGGCAGGGACAUGGCGACGGUCCGGGCCUCCCAGCGAGGCGCGCUGCUGCUUAUGCUGGCCUUGGCGGGGGUUGCGGAGGUAGCAGGGGGGCUGGCCCCGGGCAGUGCGGGUGCAUUAUGUUGUAGUCAUUCAAAGGAUAACCAAAUGUGCCGUGAUGUAUGUGAGCAGAUUUUCUCCUCAAAAAGUGAAUCCCGAUUAAAACAUCUGUUGCAGCGAGCCCCAGAUUAUUGCCCAGAAACAAUGGUUGAAAUUUGGAGUUGUAUGAAUUCAUCUUUGCCAGGUGUGUUAAAGAAGUCUGAUGGCUGGGUUGGCUUAGGCUGCUGUGAACUGGCUAUUGCCUUGGAGUGUCGACAGGCAUGCAAGCAGGCAUCUUCAAAGAAUGAUAUUUCCAAAGUUUGCAGAAAAGAAUAUGAGAAUGCUCUUUUCAGUUGCAUUAGCAGAAAUGAAAUGGGCUCCGUUUGCUGCAGUUAUGCAGGUCAUCAUACAAACUGUCGAGAGUACUGUCAAGCUAUUUUUCGAACAGACUCUUCUCCUGGCCCAUCUCAGAUCAAAGCAGUGGAAAAUUAUUGUGCCUCUAUUAGUCCACAGUUAAUACACUGUGUAAACAAUUAUACUCAGUCUUAUCCAAUGAGGAACCCAAGAGAUAGUUUAUAUUGCUGUGACAGAGCUGAAGACCAUGCUUGCCAAAAUGCCUGCAAGAGAAUUCUGAUGUCUAAGAAAACAGAAAUGGAGAUUGUUGAUGGUCUCAUCGAGGGCUGUAAGACGCAGCCCUUGCCUCAAGAUCCUCUUUGGCAAUGUUUUCUUGAAAGUUCACAAUCUGUUCACCCUGGAGUCACUGUACACCCUCCUCCCUCUACAGGCCUUGAUGGAGCUAAAUUGCAUUGUUGUUCUAAAGCAAACACUUCAACGUGUAGGGAACUGUGCACUAAACUUUAUAGCAUGAGCUGGGGCAAUACACAGAGUUGGCAAGAGUUUGAUCGCUUUUGUGAAUAUAAUCCAGUGGAAGUGUCCAUGUUGACCUGUUUAGCAGAUGUCCGGGAACCUUGCCAGUUGGGCUGUAGAAAUCUUACUUACUGUACUAAUUUUAACAACAGGCCAACAGAACUUUUCAGGAGUUGUAAUGCUCAGUCAGAUCAAGGAGCCAUGAAUGACAUGAAGCUGUGGGAGAAGGGAAGCAUAAAGAUGCCAUUUAUCAAUAUACCUGUUCUUGAUAUUAAAAAGUGCCAGCCAGAGAUGUGGAAAGCAGUCGCCUGUUCAUUGCAGAUUAAACCUUGUCAUAGUAAAUCUCGGGGAAGUAUUAUUUGCAAAUCAGAUUGUGUGGAGAUCCUCAAAAAAUGUGGAGACCACAGCAAAUUCCCUGAAGACCACACAGCUGAAAGUAUUUGUGAGCUUCUGUCACCCACAGAUGACCUGGAGAAUUGUAUACCUUUAGAUACAUACCUCAAGCCAAGUACUCUAGGGAACAUUGUAGAAGAAGUGACUCAUCCCUGUAACCCAAAUCCUUGCCCAGCCAAUGAGCUCUGUGAAGUGAACCGAAAAGGAUGUCCAUCUGGAGACCCCUGUCUUCCAUAUUCUUGUGUUCAGGGCUGCAAAUUGGGAGAAGCAUCUGAUUUCAUUGUCCGUCAAGGGACGCUAAUCCAGGUGCCAUCAUCUGCAGGGGAAGUUGGCUGUUAUAAAAUCUGUUUGUGUGGACAAAAUGGACUCUUAGAGAACUGUAUGGAGAUGCACUGUAUAGACCUCCAGAAGUCUUGUAUUGUUGGAGGAAAAAGAAAAAGUCAUGGAACAUCUUUUAGUAUCGACUGCAAUGUCUGUUCUUGUUUUGCUGGUAAUUUGGUGUGUUCUACCCGCCUCUGCCUCAGCGAGCAUAGUUCAGAAGAUGACCGUCGUACCUUCACAGGUCUGCCCUGUAACUGUGCAGAUCAGUUUGUCCCUGUUUGUGGGCAGAAUGGACGAACUUACCCCAGUGCCUGUAUUGCACGCUGCGUGGGUCUCCAAGACCAUCAGUUUGAGUUUGGAUCGUGCAUCUCAAAGGAUCCGUGUAAUCCUAACCCCUGCCCAAAAAAUCAAAGAUGCAUACCCAAACCACAAGUGUGCCUGACAACUUUUGAUAAAUUUGGAUGUAAUCAAUAUGAGUGUGUGCCAAGACAGCUCGCCUGUGACCAGGUCCGCGAUCCUGUUUGUGACACAGACCAAAUGGAGCAUAGCAAUCUCUGCACUUUAUACCAAAGAGGAAAAAGCCUAUCUUACAGAGGCCCGUGCCAGCCCUUCUGCAGAGCCACAGAGCCCAUCUGUGGGCACAAUGGUGAGACCUAUAGUAGCGUGUGUGCUGCCUACUCAGAUCGCGUGGCAGUCGAUUACCAUGGGCCCUGCCAGGCUGUCGGAGUCCUCUCAGAGUACAGCUCUGUCACCGAGUGUGCCUCUGUGAAGUGUCCUUCACUCUCAGCAACCGGAUGCAAACCCAUCGUUCCACCUGGUGCUUGUUGCCCAUUGUGUGCUGGGAUGUUAAGAGUUUUAUUUGACAAAGAGAAACUGGACACUAUUGCUAAGGUGACAAAUAAAAAGCCAAUAACAGUUUUGGAAAUACUUCAGAAAAUCCGCAUGCACGUGUCUGUCCCACAGUGUGAUGUAUUUGGAUACUUCAGCAUUGAAUCAGAGAUUGUGAUCCUGAUCAUUCCUGUGGAUCACCAUCCAAAAGCUCUGCAGAUUGAAGCCUGCAAUAAAGAAGCAGAGAAGAUUGAGUCCCUUAUCAACUCUGACAGUCCUACUCUGGCGUCCCACGUCCCUCUCUCUGCCCUCAUCAUUUCCCAAGUACAAGUCUCCAGCAGUGUGCCUUCGGCCGGCAUUGUGGCCAAGCCUCCCCACCACUCUUUUCUCCUUGUCCUCAGCCUGGGCCUUGCCUUGCACUUGCUGUGGACACACAACUGACUCCCCGCGAAAGGUGCAAAGUGUUCCUCCACCUAACUUUCUACCUUGUGAAAGACAUUCAGAACUGCUGAUUUGUUGUUGAAUUAUGGCCAAGUAAAAGCACAUGUCACCUCUAUUCACCACACAGUAUUUUUUUUUUUAGUCUGCCAGUAUGCAUAGGAUAUUUGUUUUGUUUUUACAAGUGUUCAAAUCCAAAUGAAAAGAGGAUGUCUCUCUCUGGUGGAUCGCUGCCUUAAGAUUUACAUUUUGUUCAUUAGAUAGGUCCCCCACUCUAAGGCCAAUUUAAUUCACCAAUAAGUGAGAUGAUCACUUCUUAGAAAGAAAACUGAGUUUACUAUUGGGAUCAUAUCACAGAACUUCAUUUCAGAAGUCCUAUAAGUAUUAAGGUUUCCCUGGUGUUUGUUUUUGUUUAUAGAUAAUUACCUGUCUAUAACCUAGGAGUCCCAGGGAGCAGCCACUGCUAUUAGAGAGUAUGAAAUAAAAAUAAAGCAUCUUUGAAAUUAUCAUGUAAAGUAUCAGGCAAAUUUAAGUUAAUUUACAGAAAUUUAAUUCAAGACCUCAUCUAUUGUGUUAAGCAAAACAAAAAAAAUAAGCUAACUAAAUGACACUUAUAUCCUUAGAUGUUGCGACAGUCUCAGUGGUCAUUGAUUCGUGUCUGUGACUUUUGUGAAAGGGAGAAGUUACAUCACAUCAAAGCAUCUUGCAUUAUGCAAUUUUAUAUUAAAAGUAACCAGAUAUAUAUUUUUCAGUAUUCAUCUGAGUUAAAGUUAUAGUUUUUAAACAUCAAUCUUUAAACCAAUUGCUGCUACAUAUAUAAUUGCCAAAAAGUGAAAUAAUUAGUAUUCAUGUAAAUAAUACAUGAUAUUUCUAUUUUAUUAUGAAGAAGGUGAAUAGCCAUAUUUGUAAAAUGACAAUCAUGUGUGUUAAACCAGUACUUUCUGUUCAUGAAAACACAUUUGCUUUUUGUGAUAUGCACAAUGUAGAUAAGUGUUCUGUCUGACUUUCUUUUUGGACAUAGAGCGAUAAAGAAUUGUGAUUUAUAUAUUUAAAAAUGUCGAGUUGAGUAUUAAAAUGUUUGCAUGUUGUCUAAGAAAUUGAAUACUUUGAAUGUGUUUUACAGUUUGGAAUAAGCUAUUCAAUGUAAUAUUUCUUAUUUGUAUGCACCUGGACUUAGAUUUUACAUGAAGUAUUUUUUUCAGUAUUAUUUGUAUCCUCUGAAAUACAUAGGGAUAUCCUUACUAUACCAAAAUGUUGAAAAGUGGGCACUUAAACCUUUCAGAAUAUCUCAAUGCUAAUGUAGCAUGUUUGUUGCAAUUGCUUUUUUCUGUAUAAAUGUUUUCAAUGCAAUAUACUGGAAAGCUUUUCUAUUUUAAUAAAAAUAAUUUUUAUAUGAUCA